AUGUCGCGGAAAAAGACGAAGGCGGCCAAUUAGUCGGUUGCUUCCUCCCCUUCUGGCCGAAAGGGAAGAGCUUUAUCCUCCUACUACUCCUCCUCGUCCUCCUCUUCUCAUGGACCCCCUUCCUUACCAUCCUCAGCACAUGAAUCCCCCGUCUUCCCCUCCGCUGCAGAGGGAGCCCCCGCAUCCUCCUCCGCUGGCAUCCAGAGAUCCCCAACGGCCGCCAACAGGAGGGCAACCCGUAGCUCCCAGGAAACCCACGCCUCCCCCUCCGCCACCCAUGGAUCCCCCACCUUCCCCUCCGCAGCACAGGGAGCUCCCGGAUUCUACUCCGCUGCCUCCUCCCCGAGAACCCCGGUCCGCCGUAGGGUGACGAGGAGUUCCACCACCGCCAACAGGAGUGUGGCCCCCUCCGCCGCCCAGGAAUCCCUUGCCUCCCCUCCAGCCUUAAAUGAAUCCCUCGACUCCCCCUCUGCCGCACAAGAAUCGCCCGCCUCCUCUUUUGCUACCCGGAGCGCCGCCGUCACCCGUAGAAUGACCAGGAGCGCCACGAUCGCCAACAUGCGCGCGACCCAUAGCGCCAGCAAGGCCGGUGGGAUUCGGCUGCUCGAUGGCCUGACCAACGAGCAGCUCGAGAAACGGAAGGCCACUCCGGCGAAGAGGCACUCCAGUGAUCGUCGGAAGGGGAAGGACAAUACCACCGACGAUAACCAUGAAAAGGAUAAGCCCUCGGCCGGCGGCGCCGCUUCUGUCGGUCCCUACACCAUCUUCGUCGAGGCGAGCAACCUAGAUGGCAAGUUCCUGAAAGCAGCCAAAAAUGUCACAUCUGCUUUGAACUCUGCUUUUCCUUCAAUAUCUACAAAGGUGGUGGUCGAGCCAAGAAAGGGAUGCUUCAAGGUUCACGAUGAAGAGGGUGAAAUUUUUCUCCAAUAUCUGGAUUUAGAAGAACCAUAUUCUGAAUUGGAGUCCAUCGACAUACCCAAAGCCGUCAAGGAUGUUGGCAGGAAGAUUGGUUGAUCAAGAGGCAGAGAUAUUACCGUAGCUGCACCAAGAUUCCUCUUUUGACUGCUAAUUUUGCUAGCCUUUCAGUGGUUGGGAAGCAUAGGACGGGAGAAUACUUUUCUUCCACCGACACAUUCAGAUUUGUCGUCUUCUUUACUGGAUCUCCUCGAAAUGGCUUAGCCUUGUUCUUGUGGCAGGCUCUGGACCAUGUUCAUCUUUCCACCAUACUUCUUCUUAGCGAAAAAAGAACCUCUAACGUUAACAAAUAGCUGUUUACUGUGUCGGUGAAUUCUGAUGAAAAGUUAACGAUAGAAGAUGUGCCGUAUUCAUUGGACACUUUUGUGGUACACCAUAUGAAGCCACUAUGAUUUCUUCUUAA